CUGGACGUCAAAGGCAUGUAUGAAAACUGUGGAAUUCAGUUCACAAGUAAAUUGUCAUCUCUCACUUUUCUAAAUUUGGCACAUAUAACACUGAUCUGCCAGUUUUAUAUAUGAAAUUUGUAAAGCUUUGGUCCAUAUAAAUAAAAAUGAUAUGAUUGGUAAAAAAUGUCAACUUUAUUUGUGCGCAUCACUCACACCUAUGACAAUCCCAAAGCCGGACAAAAUCUCUAUUCCAUUCCUGAUCUCUCAUUCGGUUUAACUUGAAGAAGCAAUUCACGGACACAAACACCCAUCUUUUAGCUGCUUUGCUUUCUUUCAGAGCCCGUCAGAACUCUUAUCAACUUAUUUUAAUAAACCUUGUGGAGCAAGGUCUGAAUUCAAUGACCCACCACCAACUUCGUCAAAUAAAUCCAAAGACGAACUCCUCUUUCAAUGUGUCAGUACCAGCAAAGCCCUCCAUCUCCAAGGCGCCAAUCUUGAGUGGGUUGACAGAGAAGGCAAGACCCCACUGGUUGCGGCAUGCAUGGACUCUGGCCUUAUCAAUAUUGCAAAAACUCUUAUUGAACUUGGUGCCAGUGUCAACGCUUACCGUGCUGUUUCCAGAGCAUCAUGCUACCAAAAGGGGAUUGGAGCCAACUGUUAGGUCACUUCUCUCUCACCGAGGAUGCUCAGCCUCAUACAGUCAUCACCCUUUGGAAUGCUUAAGUUGAUAAACCUAAAUUUCAUAGACAGGAUCCUGCACCCGCUAUAUUUGACAAAUCUACAAGUAAGUUCAUAUUAAUUUAUCAAUCACCUUUGUAAGUUGAUACAACAGCUGGAGAGUUCGAUUAGGAAAGAGUAACUGGAGAGUUGGAUUAUCCUUACAUGGUGAUUAGCACUACAUCUUUUUUACAAAAUUUGGCAUUGGUUGUGAAUGAGUAGAUCAAAGUUCUUUGACUAGUUGAAAUUGUAUCUAACCUACGCUACAUUAUUCCAGUGUUCAUUACUUUUGCAUAGCAGAUUUAAUCUAAACCUUUGAAAGUGCAUUCAAUUCAUGGUAAUUGGUGUCUCAUUGUGUUAAAAAUUGUGGUGCCAUAUUAUAUGUGGCCUUAGAGCAAAUAAGGCAUUAUAACAAAUUUCUGUUAGCCUGACUUUUAUCAGGUCUAUUCUUUGAUGUCAUACCUUUUCACUAGGUGUUUCCAGCAGCUUCAGUGGUUAUAUAAUGCAUACGGAGGAAUUUUCCAGGUAUAGACUGCAUAAGAUGUUUUCCUAUAGCCAGGAUUCUCGUCUUGCAAUCACCAGCUAGCAUACUAUGUUGAUUCCCACAAUUUCAGGUUAUGCCCUCCACAUUGUCUCAUAGCCCUCUACUGUCAGUUCCAAUGACUCUGCAUCAAACCACCGCAGAAGCUAUAAAACCAGCAAUUGCAAAUGGCCACCAGAAGGCCGAAGCAAUUUAUACAAAUGGUUGGGACAAUCUUACCAGUUCUGACACAAUGGCUGGGGCUCAGCUUCACAAUCAGCGUGAACCUGCAUGAACCUGCUAAACAAGAAUACAAUGGGUGGGAUAUGCCUGAUUCUAAGCCAACUGGUAAACAAAGUCGAGUUGUCCAAACCCAUACUAACACUGCCCCUUCUAUCCAAGCAACCAUCAUCCCCAAGGAUUUAUCAAAUGAAGGGCCAAUCCACCAUCCAUCAGUUGAAAGCAGUCCCGUCCCGUGCACUUUGUAUACUCCUACUAUGGAGGGCAGCGCUUCUGUAACAAAUGACUUAAAAUGAAGGCCCUUUACUGACAGGUGACAUGAAAGAUGAAGGCACAUCUUCCUCAUGUGUAAUAUGUUAGGAAGCUCCAGUAGAAGGUCAUAUAUUCCCUGUAGUCAUAUGGCCGGUUGCAUGUCGUUUUUUACAUCAAGUCCAAGAAGGGUGUUUGCUCUAUUUGUAGAAUGAAGAUUAAUCAGAUUAUUCGAGUCUGUUAUGUCUAACACUGCAACUCAAAAAAUAAAAGGAUCUUUAAGUAAAGAUUGGAUUUAUCUUUUGAACUCUAAUACCGAAGCCUGUACUGAGCAAUUUAUAGGACUGUAAUUGAAGUAAAAGAUCUCUCAGCUUCAUAGUUUCAGUCUUGUGUCAUAUUUGGUUUGAUAACUAAACAUUGGUACAUGAAGGUUACUGACAAUGUCCAUGUUCCAGGGAGCCUGUACAGUGCAACUUGAUAGAAUCGCUGAAAUACUUUCACGAUGAUCUGGAAUCUGAAUAAAGAUAUCAAUAAACAGACAAAAUUGAAAAUCUGUUGGCCUAGGAUACUAAGAUUGAAAACAUGAGUGGUGUUAUGGAUAGGGAAAUUACAGAGUUCCCCAGUUGGAUGUCUACAGGUGGGUGUCUUGUAAUGAAUAUUUGGGACCAAUUCUCUUAAGGUCAAAAAUUGGAGCAAUCUUUUCAG